AGCGGGGCAGCGAGCUAGAGAGAGAGAGUUUGCAUGACACAAGCAGUGUGUUAAAUAAAGCGUUGCCCGCAGGAGCAUUGUCAGCUGGGAAGAACGGUUUUAUUUGUCAAACUUUUGCUUUUGUUGGAUUUUCCCUGGGAGCUGCGGACGCGCUGCCCUUUGGAUCUUCUCGCCAUUUUCGUGUGGAUUUUGUACAGGUUCUUCGCCCCCUCCUCCUCAGAACUCAUGAAACCAUCUUCCCUUUCUCAUGAUGUCUAUGGCUCUCAUGCCUGACACUCUCAAUGGCCCCGAUCCGUCCAAAUCGGCUUUUCUCGAGUUUGGACACGCGCAUCCGGCUCACCAGCAGCGCUCGCCGGGGCUCCCUCACAUUUACCCCGUGCACGGCUUCCACGCUGCCGGCCAUUCGCAGCACGACGGCUCCUUCCCCGCCAGCGCGUCCUAUGGCCGCUCUUUGGGCUACGCCUACCCCGGCGCCUCGAAUCCUCAUGCACAGUCUUCUUACAUGCCCUACCAGCACAACAACAACAACAACAACAACAGCAGCAGCAGCUCCAGCAGCAGUUUGAGCCUGCACGGACGAUUAGAGCACACAGAUCACGACAAGUCCCCCGCGCUGGAAAACCGGGACGUGCGUUUAAAUGGCAAAGGGAAGAAGAUCCGGAAGCCCCGCACCAUCUAUUCCAGUCUGCAGCUGCAGGCUCUGCACCAGCGCUUCCAACAGACCCAGUACCUGGCCCUGCCCGAGCGCGCAGACCUGGCGGCCAAACUGGGACUAACUCAGACUCAGGUGAAAAUCUGGUUUCAGAACAAGCGCUCCAAGUACAAAAAAAUCAUGAAGCACGGGAGCGGACCCGAAGGCGAGCACCUGAGCAGCACCAGCUCGGCCUCGCCGUGCUCGCCUCACACUAUGCCGCAACUUUGGGACGUGUCCAUGCAGGCUAAUAAAGCAGGUGGCCCGAUGUACCCCAACAAUUACAUGAACAAUCUGGGCCACUGGUACCCCAACCAACAUCCUCACCAGGAUGGCAUGUCCAGGCAUCCGAUGAUGUGAGUGGAUUGUCUACUGCGAACGCCGCAACACGAAUUUCUUGGCUGGAUUACGCGCUCAUUUUGCGCAUCGUUUGACGGGACAUUUAAAAGACACCGAAGAGGACUUUUUUUUUAAACAGCGCAAUGUCUGGAUGAAUGCGUUUUGAACAGGUCGUGUGCAUGAUUAUUAACAAAGGCGUCGAACACAUUUUCUUGAGUAUUGAGCAAACGAACAGACGUCGGGAGCCUUGCUGUGACUUUGCAAUCGGAAAAUUGCGGAGAUGACUCCUUGAAAUGCGCAACACGGCCCAGCGGCGUCUUCAGCGAGGGGACGCUCGAACGGGACCCGGCCAAUCCGAUGUGAGCCGCAAAUGAAACACUGUCACUGUUUUGAAAUGAACGCAUAAAGAUUGGUUAAUUGCUGCUA